AUGCCUCCUAGACACACCAGACCCCGCGUGAUAACUCGCCAGCCGGCAUACAAGUUCGCCACUCUCUAUGCAGCUCCGUACGAGUGCAUGUUCCCUGUGGUGGCCACCAAGCCGGAACUGCAGUCCAAAGACGGCAUCGAUUUCACCACGAGUGUGCGUUUCGAGCCAAACAAUGUUCAGAAGUACUCACAGCCAAUCAACAUCAAGUACACUGUAUCUUCCAGUACUCAGCAAGCUAAAUGUGAUCCUCUGAAACGGGUCUUUGCGCAUUACGAGGAAGACAGAGUCAGCGGCCUGACUUUUGGAGUUUCCACCAUCACUUGCGGCCCAGACGGCAGGGUUAGCGUGGAGAGGUCUGCAGCAAUAUUCCCAGAUACCCCGAUCGGCUCGAAACGGUCACUAGACAGACUGGACGUGUCGUUCGAUUCGACCGCUCCGUCGCCGGUGGUGCUGCAACGGCUGGGCUCGCUAAAGAAACGCAGAAACGACAGACUCGACAGCUCGAUGACAAUUUCGCAGCGGGCCAUUUUGCGCAUGGUCGACGACUCGCUCGUCUCCAGCGACACGGAACUGUACACCUCGAUACUGCAGGAGGUGCGGCCGCAAACGUCCAACGUGCGGGCAUCCAGAAUGGAGAAAGAGUCCGCGAAGGAAACCGUCAGCAUCGACGCAGAGGACCUCAAGCUGGCCCUUUCGGAGAGAGCGUUGACUCCGUUAAAUUUGGGGGUUUUCAGGGACGAUUAG